UGUGAUUGGUUUCCUAAGAGACUAAUCUAAGGCGGUAGCGUUGACUAUAGCGUAAUUUGUAAAUAAACACGCAAGAUUAUUAUUUACCGUGUUUUCUACGGUUAACGCGUGCUGCUCGUAACGUAAAAUCUAAUAACCGUGAAAACAACGGAACCUUUUUUCCAGUUACGUGUUUUCUUACCGAGCUGUUGCGGCGGGCGGACACUUUUUCUUGUUUAGCGCAACGACACCUUAACGAACAUUGACAGCAGAGGGGAUCGUUCCCGGUCCCGUACCUCACAGCCUGGGAUCUAAAGACACAGGAUGCCUAAUGCCAGUGCAAGGCCGAAGCACGGCAGGAGGGCCCGAAGGCGACGCAGAGAGGACCCUGCCAGGAACGAGCUGGUCUCUAGUUCCCUAGAAAGUGCCCAGCAGUGCCUGUUCAACCAAGAUUAUGGAACUGCGUUUGUGCACUACCUUCUUGUCCUCAACCUUGCACCAGUGUUUAAGGACUUCGCAAAGGAGUCCUUUAGGUUCACUCUGUUCAAAUGGACAGAAGAGCUGGACUCUGUGGGCCGCAUUCAAGACCUCUUUGACUGUUAUGAACAAGCGCUGGAAUUGUUUCCUGCUGAUGAGGUCAUCCUGAACAGCAUGGGUGAACACCUGUUCAGAAUGGGCUUUAGAGACGAGGCUGCGGGUCAUUUCCAUAAAGCCUUGAAGCUGAGACCAGACUACCCAGAAGCCAGGGAGAACUUCUACCGUGUGGCCAACUGGCUGGUGGAGCGCUGGCAUUUCCUAAUGCUCAACGACCGUGGGAGGAACCGGAAGUACCAGCAAGCCAUUCAGAAGGCUGUGCAGAGUGGCUGCAACACUGUACUUGACAUAGGUACUGGCACUGGGAUCCUUGGUAUGUGCGCUAAGAAGGCGGGAGCUGCUGAGGUGUACGCCUGUGAGCUCUCGAAGACGAUGUAUGAGCUGGCCUGUGAGGUGGUGACUGCUAAUGGGAUGGAUGGUUGCAUUAAAAUCCUCCAUAUGAAGUCUCUGGAGAUGGAAGUGCCAAAGGACAUCCCACACAGAGUGUCCUUGGUAGUGACGGAGACGGUGGAUGCAGGAUUGUUUGGAGAGGGCAUCAUAGAGAGUCUCAUUCAUGCCUGGCGCCACCUGCUGCUACCUCCACAGAGAGGCGAGAAUGAAUUCCAGGAACAGUCUGCGACAGGACGGGUCAUCCCUGCUGGAGCAACAGUGUUUGGUAUGGCUGUCGAGUGCCUCGAGAUCCGCAGGCAUCACAGGCUUUGCGUGUCAGAGGUGGGCAGUCUGUCCUUGGCUGCAGCCGGGGAGCUCCGUAGCCCAGUGAGCUGCAGCUCUGAGCCGGAUGACUCCAUGGAGCCUUACACCACUGAGAGACUUAGCAGACUGCCAGGGGGAUAUAAACCUCUCACAGAGCCAUUCACAGCCCUCAACAUAGAUUUCAACAACGUGCAGGAACUGGAGGGGCUGAGCUCCAGAGAGGUUCAAAAGAUCCACCUGCCUGUCACUCAGGAGGGGGAACUGGAUGCUCUGGCUGUGUGGUUCCAGCUCCACCUGGAUGAGGAGAGCAGUCUGUCGACGGGACCCCAGGAGGACACCUGCUGGGAGCAAGCCAUCUACCCUGUCCACAGCACCAAGGGUUUUCUCCUGAAACCUCUAGACGAGCUGAUUGUUGAAGUCUCCUGCCGAGAUGCCUACCUGAGGCUCUGCAGUGUCGCUGUGCUGAGAGACGGGCACGAAAUCCGUUUAGACAAGCGUGUGGAUUCGCAGUACACCGGAAACCCCAUUUCAAAUCAAAACCCAGAGGCGGAACUGUGCAGUGCGCUAGCGUGCCUUCAGACCAACCAGAAUCAAACAAAAGACUUCAGCAUGCUGGAAUGUUCAGAAAUGGCGCUCCUAAACAACCAUGAUUACCAUCAGAGCUUUUGCAGCGCACUGGCCAAACUCAUGUCCCAGCUGAAGGUUAAAUGGCAAAACCAAGAGCGAGGAUCAGGUGUUCAGUCAGACUCUAGUGACCUGCUCUAUGUCCUCGAUGUGUCAGAGGGCUUCUCUCUGCUCUCCCUCAUCGCUGCCAGCCACGGCCAUGUAAAAGCGUACAGCUCUGUGGAAAAGAAGAAGCAACAGGAAGUCUUAAAGAGACUGGCCCGCUCCAAUAAUAUCCCUGAACAGCAUCUAGAGUUCUGGCUCAACCAUGUGGACGACGAGCACGGGAUACUGCAAAGGCCGUCCAGAGAGAAACUGUGGAGUGCCAUCAUACUGGACUGUGUAGAGACUUGUGGUCUCAUUAGACAGAAGUUGAUGGAGAAAGCCUCACUGGCCAGGUGUCUUCUGGAGGAAGGAGGACGUAUUUUCCCAGAAAAGAUUGUGGUGCAUGGUAUGCUGGUGGAGUCAGACACGUUGCUGCUAGAAAGUGCCGUCCAGGGCCAGGAGCCAACACUGGGAUUCAAUAUUGCCCCCUUCAUCAACCAGUUCACUGUACCGGUCCAUGUGUUUUUGGACUUCUCCACACUGGAGUGCAGGCAUCUUAGUGAGUGUGUGGAGCUCUUUGUUCUUGACCUAAUGGAUGCCACUGCAAACUACACUAACAGAGAAGUAAAGGUUCAGGCUACUUCUGCUGGCAGAAUAACUGCAAUUCCUUUCUGGUACCACAUCUACCUGGACCAGGAGAUCAGCGUCAGCACCCUCAGCAAGAACUCUCACUGGAAGCAGGCGGCUGUUGUGCUGCAGCAGCCCCUGGAGGUACAAGCUGGUGACUGGGUCCGCCUCGCUGUGAAGCUUCACAAGAGCACCAUCUCCAUGUCAGCCCAUAUAGACAAUGAGACCAGACCAAUGGAGCAAUGAUCUUACACUGUAGUUUUGCGACCAAUUUAAUUUCUAUGUAUUUUAUGCCUCAAUCAAAGAGGUUAUUGACACUUAGGGGAAUGCUUUUACCGUUCUGGUAUCAUUUAAAAAUGUACCUCCAGUGUCAUUUUCCAUAAAUGUAAUACCAGUCUUCAAGUUUUCCCAGACAUAUUGGAUCUCUAUUCUGAGAUUAAGUAGAAGCCUGCAUGACCAAAAACCCUUGUAAGUUCCAGUGGGAAUCUGGGUAACUAUGAUCUUAAAGAAUUUACCACAAUGAGUUAUAUUCAAGUUAUGUUUUUAUUUCUAAAUUGUGCGAUCUGAUCCCAGGACAUUUAUAAUUUGUACUUACACUUAUAUAAUAUUUGUAAGUAUAUAACAUAAAGAUAAUGGUUCUCCCUUAAUUAUGGGCACAGUUGUUUUUGUAAAGAUGUUUGUUGUUAUCAAUAAAAGCAUUUCAACAAUAA